AUGGCUUCAUCGCGGGAGUCACAGCACUCGCUGCUAUCCAAAGAUUCACUUGAUACCCAGCCCCAACGGUCUUGGAAUCCACUGAGUAAUCGCCUCACCGACGAGGACUAUGACUACCGUCCUCCAUCGGAUCACACCUGGUCCGAAGAAGUCCUGCGCGAUGUCGGUCUUGGCAUCUCGAACCCAUCAGGCGAUACGAUUCCGGCCGCAGCAGAUAGGCGCGAUUCAACCGAUAGUGUCGCGACUACGACGCCAAACAAUACCUCCAAGAUUCAGUCUCCCCAGACUCCACAUGAGCCCCACCACGUGCGCUGCCCGAACCGAGCAACCGUUCUCCAGAAACGACUCUCCUGGGUCCCAUUGACAGUCUUGGUUCUCGCUAUCUAUGCCACCAUCUUCUCGGGUAUCUAUCUCGGUAUUGCGCUACGCAAGCCCCGAUGGCCCACUAUCUCCAGUAAUGGGCCGCUGGUCCCAUCUACGGCAUCUUUGCUGAGCGCGUUCUUCGCGAAGACGAUUGAGUUGGCAUAUGUUACGAUAUGCGUCGCAUUUCUGGGACAGGUGCUUAGUCGGCGGGCUUUGAUGAGGAAUUCCCGAGGAAUCAGUAUCUCCGAUAUGAAUAUGAGGGCAUGGAUUAUGCAACCCGGAUCCAUGAUUGUGCAUUGGGAGGCAUUGCGAUAUUCCGCCCUCAGUUUCCUCGGGUCGGUUGCAUUGGUUGCUACGUUCGUCGCGAUGCUAUACACCACCGCUGCGCAAGCUUUGGUUGCCCCUAAACUCUCUCUUGGUCCUGUUCAAUCAACAAUCCUUCAGGGCAAAGUAACCGCCAGCUUCGCAAACCCCAUAUACAUCGGAUCAGAGUGUGAGACACCCGUAACGGUCGAUAUGGACCCUGAUUAUCGCAACACGACUUGCCUUCAAAUUUCGCAUGUCGGUAACGCUUAUCACAACUACCAACAAUGGAUCGCGCGAUGGGGCCAGCUAGUGAGCAGCAAAAACGAAACCUCAAGCCAACUACAAAAGCGCCCAGACCCAAUCGGCUCACUCUGGGACAACACUACUGUAAUAGGUAGCUGGAUCGACAUCCAGGAUAUGUCCACCCUCUCCAAGAAACACGGUCGAAUGGUCAACAACAUAACAAUGGCAAUGCCGCACGGUGGCAUCCCCGCCGCAGCAAUGAACCCCAAAAACAACCUCAAACAACCCACAGACACCUCCGGCGAGGGAAAAUACAUCAUCGAAGCCUCCGUCCCCUCACCAGCAAUCAACGUCCUCUGUGUAGGAAUGACCAAAGAAGAACUAAGCCCUCUAGUCUACUCUUCUUGGCCUGGAGUGCACGAUUUCAACUCGACAACCUGGAACUCCGCGCCCCCGAAAGAACUCUCGAAUCUACCACUAUGGCGAAAUCGCACAGUGGUCGAUUCUCUCUUCCAAUUUGGUCCGAAAUACGGCCAAAUCCCACCUAUUUUUGGAAAAUACCCUCUCCCAUACAACACAAUCCUUCAUACAACAUUCGUCUGGUCCGUAAACGCCAUGUACCUCCUCGGUGCAACACCACCAUCCAAAGAUAACAACACCGACAUUCCAGAAUACGUGAUGUGUUCCCUCCGCACCAAACAAACGGGCGUCUGCUCGACAAACUACUCAGCCGACAAAAGCGGCGCAUUCCUCAGCACGAACUGCCAAAACCCCUCGAACGACCUACAAUACGAUAAACGACAAGACGCUUUCUACGAGGGCGAGUGGAAUGGAGAUUGGAAGAACAUCGCGUCCGAAUGGGCAAACUCAGUCAGUCUCAAUGCCGGUAUCACAGACGGCGCUGCCAGCAAUGCCAGACUGUUAAUGCAGAUGAUGCCGCGGUACGACAAAUCCAACUCGACUUUCACCCUCGACCCGGCAUUACCCUCUGUCGCGGAGGCAUUGGCAGUGAUGGCUGGUAGUACGCUCAUCCUCAGUUCGCAGAAUGCGCCAUUUGUUCCAUUCUGGAACUACAGUAUCGGGACUGUUCUCCCCGAACCCGUUUACCAGAUUUUCAACGCAUCUAUCCAAGCCGUGAGCUAUGCGUCUGGUGGAACGGAGCAAUGGCAGGGGAUAUUUUAUGUGAUUCUCGUCUUUGCGUUCUUGACCAGCGCUGUUUGUCUCGUGUUUAUGAUUGUCGAGGCGCGGGGUCGACAAGUGACUGAUUUCACGGAGCCGCAGAAUUUGUUCGCGCUUGCUGUCAAUAGUCCCCAGACGACGCAGUUGGAGGGUGCGUGUGGGUGUGGGCCUUGGGGGAAGCAGUUGAAGGAGAGGUGGUUUAUUGGGAUGGAGGAGGAUGAUGAGCAUUAUUACAUUCGGAGUAAGACCGAAGAGAAGAUUCCGCUUUUGAGGAAGGGGGAUGAGUCGACGCGUUUGGAGCCCAUGGAGAUUGAGGAUGGGGGUGGGAGGAUGCUCAGUCCUAUGGUUGAUGAAUUUCGAAAGGUUUCGAAGAGACAUUCGUUCUUAGCGAAGCUGUAUUGA